AUGAAGUUCACGCUCUACGCUACUGCUCUCUCUGUCCUGGCGGCUGGUUCCGCCUUUGCUGCACCUACGUGCAAACGCGCAUCUACGACCAAACGCGGCUUGGGAUUCAACGAUGUUACCGCGACAACAUCCUUCGGGAACAGCGUCUCGUGGGCGUAUAAUUGGGAUUCCCAGAAGAGCGGCAAUCUGCCUUCGGGCGUGGAGUAUGUGCCCAUGCUGUGGGGAACCUCGAGCGACCACACCACCAACUGGAACGCGAAUGCAAAUGCCGCCAUCGCUGCAGGGUCUACUCACCUCCUCGGGUUCAACGAACCCGAUCUCUCUUCUCAGUCGAAUCUCAGCCCACAGGACGCCGCAGCCGCCUGGAAGCAGUACAUGGAGCCCUUUGCUGGGAAGGCUAAACUCGUUUCCCCGGCUGUCACUAACGGCGCUGCGCCGAUGGGCUUAGCGUGGAUGGACGAGUUCAUGGCGGCGUGCACGGGCUGCACGAUCGACGCUGUUGCCAUCCAUAUCUACGACGCUGCGUCGAACGUGGCGUACUUCCAGAACUACAUCAGCAGUGUCGGCACCAAGUACAACAAGCCCGUGUGGGUGACCGAGUUCGGCGCGUCGGGCGCGACUGCGGACCAGCAGACGUUCCUGACUACCAUGGAGCCAUUCUUGGACAACCUCGCUUCGGUGGAGCGCUACGCGUACUUCGGCGACUUUGUUGGCACUUUUGUCAAUUCCGACGGGAGCCUCUCAGCCCUGGGCAAGACGUACCAAUCUGCUUGA